AAUCAGAAAACUUAAAAGCUGAUUAUACUUAUAAUAGAAAAAACUAUAAAGAAGCUCAAAAAUUUUAUGAUAAAUAUAUGAUCUUGUUUAAUGAAAUAGAACUUUAUCAAUAUUACAAUUUAACAGAAAUCGAAACAGAAUUACAAUUUCAACAUGUUGGUGAAUUGUUAGCAAAAAAAUUAAAUUAUCGAUUUAUUAAUAGUGAAUUAUUCUAUCAUUACAUAGCAACAAAAUUUUCUGAUUUAGAAGAAUUUAGAAUAAUUUCAUGGUUGUCAAAUCAACAAGAAGAAAAUAUAUUAACCCAAGUUAAUCAAAUCAAUAACAAUCAAUUAAUUUCAGAUAAAUUGUUAAUUAAAGUUGUAAAUAAUAUUAAUAUUCGUAAAGCUAUUAACAAAGUUAUACAAAAAAUCACAAAGCAAAAGGCAUAUAUUGUGGCAGGUCGUGAUGCUACUUUUAAUAUACUUCCUGAUGCUAAAAUCAAGAUUUUUUUAACAGCUAAAUUCAAUGCUCGAGUUAAUCAUCGAAUCAAAUAA